AUGGCCGACCAAGCUCGCGAGGAAGAAGAAGCGCGUACCGCAGAGGCAGUACGCAGGGCAAGUGUCGAGGCAUCCCGGACCCGAGCGCAGAAGUCUCGCGCAAUGAAGAUUGGGCGCGAGGAGAAGGAAGGUGUGGACGUCAGUACCGAAUCUGGUCCCAAUGAAGCCACUACGGCUGACGCCACGACGGAUAUUCAGCACUCAGAUGAUGGGGACGAACAUGAAGACGAGGAGGACAGCGCAUCGGCGUCGGAGGAGGAGAAGGACGCGGUGGUGCACAGUGACACGCGUGGUAAGAAGAAGAGGCCUGCAUCCGAUGGCGGAGACGACGACGAUGGAGAAGUCGACGGAGUUACAGUGCCCUCGUUCCAGACCGAUCACAAAACCUGGGCGCUAUUUGAGGAAAGCUUGCAGGAGUACAUGCGUACAACCAAGCAGGUGCUAGUUGUAAGUGAAACGGUCAGUACCAAGCGACGCAACCAGGAUUUGCGUAAGCAAACGCGGUAUCAAGGGCUCCCAGACAGUCAGAUUCCUUUGGUUCCUGAGGAAAUGAACCCUUUUCAGCGCAGGUACAUUUGUACGCAUGGCUGGGCCGAGCGUGAAAGGUCUAAGGGCAAGCGGAAGGUGUACAAGCUUCGCCGGACUGACUGUCCGUUCCAAUUUCUGGCUCAGAUGGUGCGAACAAAGGGGCAGUGGGGCAUUUCGUUGAAGCGCGAGGUGUAUCGACACAAUCACCCAAUCAGUUCCGACAUUUACAUGUCGUACCCAGGUAUUCGCCAGGUAUCGUCCAGGUCUCCACUAAUGCCUGGUAUUGAGCUGUUGGUGGAGUCAGACGCUAAGAAUUCGAGUAUUUAUGACUACAUCCGGCGGAAUUCUGAUCACCGCGUGACGAUGGAUGAUGUUCGCAACUUGGUAGCACGCGUUCGCCAGUCUGGAAGGACACUUUCUGACGACGACGCAGUUGCCGAGACUGUGGUCAAUUUCAAUUUGGAGAACCCAAGGAAUCUCACAUGCGCGAUGUACGACAACUUCCCUGAGGUGCUGCAAAUGGACUGUACCCACAAGACCAACAAGUAUAACUAUCAGUUGUUGUCACUUGUAGCGAUGGACCAAUUUGGGCACGGCCAGCCAGUGCAGUACUCAAUGCUUGAGACGACUUCCGACUGGCACAUGGCUAAGUGCCUUGAUCACUUCAAGAGAGCGAACGAGCACUGGCGGUUAGUUUGUAUCGUCAUCGUGGACAAGGACUUAUGUGAGGUGGAUGCGAUAAGACGCAAGCUUCCUGAGGCGCGCGUGCUCUUGUGUCAUUUUCACGUGAUAAAAUGGCUGCAUGAAAUGGUGCGUUGUGGGAAGUACGGGUCGUACGCUCUUGACGUGGCUGACCAGUUAAAACAUCUCAUUACGAACAUGACCUACGCAAGGACUGAAGGCGAUUACAAAGCUAACAGGGAUGAGUUUAAGGCCGUGGCGUGCCGUGACGGGGUUUCCACUCUCUGGGAAUACUUUGUGGAGAACUGGGAUUCAUGCGCCGACAUGUGGGUGAUGUUGCACCGAGUUGAUCUGCCACACUUCAACAAUCAUACAAAUAAUCGUGUUGAGAGCUUGUUCGGAAAGAUCAAGCAGAACGUCAAGUCCCACGUAUCGAUGCAUUCCCAAAGCACCAGUUCAAUUGUAGCAGUGAUCCCGACAAUUGGAAAGUUCACACGUGAGCAGUUGGAGGCAAUGAGGUGGGUUUGGAAUCUGCACAAAGUGUGCGAUAGCGGAAAGAAGUGUGCCUCGUGGGUACUUACCACAGUGAAGCAAGUUGUAGACGCUGACAGUAAAGUUGGGGGAAUGGCAAUGGAGCUACUGGAGAACUGGCCCUACAGCAAACUGGCUGGGGUAGGAUUUGACUACGCUUACGCUGGGCUAUACUGCUUCAGGAUCGGUUGUUGGUUGAGUGACGACUCUAUCCUUGCGUUUACGCAACUGCUUCGAACUGAGUAUGGCAACAAUGCCACUGUUUUCUUGCAAUCAGUAUCAAGCUCUAUAGUCGACACGGGAGACGUUGUCACAGAUGUUAUAUCCGUAAUUACGCUGGUUAAAAUUCGCGAGUGUCUGGAUAACGAUCUGACGGGGUACAUAUUCCUUCCUGUCAACUUUGAUACCAACCACUGGGCAUGCCUUGUCAUCAACAAGUUGAAGAAGGAGAUUGUCGUGUACGACAGUAUGAACAAACGAAAGAUUGGCAAGAUACUCAAGUUGAUGGCCCGUGAGAUCGACGGUGGUCUACUCGAUAGUGCGUUCAAGCACCUCACAAUGACCACACCGCGCCAGAAGGACGGCGACAGCUGCGGCAUAUUCGUGUGUCUUCAGUUCUGGAGACAAGUGUCAAACGCUGCUCCAACGGAUGUGUCUUCGAGGGGUCUUGUUCGAGUGCGCUGGGAGAUGUUACAAGCUUUAAUGAACCAGAAGGCGCAGUGA